AUGGUACAGAUGGACGAGAACCGCGAGCGGGCUUACGGGCAAAUGCUCGAGGUGGUGCGCGCCGUCCUGGCAGGACAGAUGCAGGCAUCGAAUGCAGCGGAGCUGCUGACGCCGAUCGCGUCGAAGGAGUCGCUGCAGCAAGUCCUUGUGGAUGUCCUGUGGCUUGCCGGCUUUGCCACGACAGAGGCGCCCUCCGGCAGGGAAGCGCGAGAGGAGUUUAGCAACUUCUGCUCCAUUCUGGAGAGGGAGGGCGUCAUCUCCAAGCCGAUCCUGGCCUCGGGGCUUGAAACCGAGACAGUGCCCCCAUCUGUGUGCAACAUCGCGGGCCUGCGGAAGAAGCAGAACCAGGCCAAGACCAAAGCUCGGUACACGGUGGCGAGGUUCAACCUGCUGCGCGAGCACAAUGAGGGCUACGCCAGGUUGAUGAUGCACAUCGAUCGGCUCCUGCACUUGGAGCUGGACGUGCAAGGCACUCCCGAGCAACUCACCAAGACCCGCGAGAGCGUGAUCGAUGACGUCAUGCUGCUCAUGGGCUACAGCUACCUCUGCCCAAACAGGAUCAUCGCCAUGGCGAUUGACAUCUACGAGCGGAUCAUCAUCGAGGUUCCUGCUUCACCCGGGGCAGCCUCCAGCAGUGGCAAAGAUGCCAAGCCGCCCGAGCCGAACGUCCGGGCGUCACAGUUCGUGGCGACGGCUUCUCUGAUCUCUCUUGGCCUGGUGGAUCUGAGAAUGGUCUGGUCCUACUUGGAGCCAGGUGAGAAGAAGAUCCAUGAGGCGUGGUCUCAUCUGAACUUCAGGUAUGAGGCCAAGCUGAAAACAGUGAGCAUCGUUGACCUCAGCGGCAAGCAAAAUCUGGCGCGGGAUCGGCGCUACUUCAACGGCUGCGCGAAGAACUUCAACCACAUGCUCAACCAGAAGAUCCGACUCGUGGAGGCAAUGAUCAGCAUCAAUGACUGGCGCAACGCCUGCGUGUUGCUGACACAGCUCCGCAGGAUCUGUCGUCCUUGCAUGAACCACUACAUUCGGCAAGCUCUCUGCGAUCUGCUGAAGUGGAUCAUUGAACCACUGCUCCCGAAGUUGCAGCAAGGUGUACCCAGCCACAAGAAGGACCUACGAAGGUUUGCUUGGGGUCUUACCAUGCUACCCGCAGGUGAAGGACCUGUUCAAGGACACCUCAAGCAGGCGGCAGAUCUGCAGGACUUUGCCCCGGCCUGCAAGCAGGUCUUGGAUCACCUGGAAUACUACAUGCACACAGACAACGUCUUGUUGACUCGCAUGUGGCAGGUCCUUGGCUUGUCACUGAAAGAGGCCCCCGAAGGCAGCAACACUGCGAUGGCUGCGGCAUCUGCGAACAGCGCAGCUCCCUCCAACCGCAUCCUUGAUGACAGGCUUGUAGCCAUCAUCUACAAGCACCUGCUGCCGGCAAUCUCCAUAGCCAAGCCGAACCCCUUCGUGAGCAGCGUGGCGUGGAAUGUGCUAAAGCAGCUCACAAUUUUCCAGCGCUACAUGAUCUACAGCUGCUGGGAAACAAAGUACAGUCAGUUCAUGCUGAAGUACAGUUACGAAGAGGCGAAGUUUGAAGCCAAGAAGAUCCUCAAGCGGGUGGUCUCAAGCGACAAGACCACCGACCGGGAUCGAGAAGAUCCCAAUGCCUACAGGCCUCAUCCCGUGUUUUGCCAGCUUUGCCAGACAAACCCCAUCCCCAUCGUGGAGGUGAUGCUCAAGGACAUUGAGAUUGGAUUCAACGUCAACAUGAUACAGCCCUACGUGGACCUCACCUAUCGCUGUUCUGAGAUGAUGACGGACAUCGUCGGUUACGUCCUCGCGCGGAAUUGCGAACGACCGGCCACGGAGACGAAGGUGUUCUUCUCCCCGGCGGACGGCCUCAUCUCACCCUGGCUUAGCAACUUUGCGGACUUCAUCGGUCGCUUCUACAAGAAGCACCCGCAGACAAACCUGGUUGCCAUGCUUCUGGUACUUGCGAAGCGAAUGACGCAUGACGUGCCGGAGUCCACAGACAGACAUUCUGCGAAGAAGUUCAAGGGUGAGUCGCUCAUUCGGGUGGUUCUAGAAAAGCUCAUGGAGCACAUGGGCGGCCUCAUUGUGGUGAAGGAUUUCACGAUGGAGCAGCUCACCUGCUUGGCUGGGGGGCCGCGGCUACGUCUGGAGUCCGUGUCCAUUGGCUCGCGCCCAGAUCCUCAGCGCAAGGAAAAGACAAAGAAGGCACUCCUUGACACGAUGGUGGAACUGGGUCUGGCUCCAGCACUGUGGGAUUGUCUCAGCAGGCAGCGGCUGUACUUCAUGUCGGAAGGUUUUUCAGAGCUCCACAGCGACGAAGGGGCCCUGAAGAUACUUUGCAAGCUGCUCGACGGGAACAUGGAAUGCUUCCUCAGCCUCGUGGACUUCCUGUCCCAGGCAUCUCCGCGAGACAAGUACCUCAAACUCAUGCCAACACUGCAGCAGCUCUUCGGCGUCCUGGAGCCCAACGUCGCCUACGCGGCGCUGCGGCCGGGGUUGACCCCCUUUGCCCGCGGGAAGGCGCCCAUUCCCAAGACGGAGGGAAAGGCCACGAUGGUGGCCACGCCCGAAGAGACGGAAUUGCAGAAGCAGCUGAUGGGCAUCGCGUUCAAGUGCCUGCCAAAGGCAAUUGAAGAGGACGGCCUCUCCAUGGACUUCUAUGUGACUUUCUGGCGGCUGUCUUUGCAGGACAUCUUCGUGCCCACUGAGGGCUACGAGAAAGUCCUGGCUAGGAUGACGCAAGGUCAAAAGACUUUGGAGGAUGCAAAAGUCAAACUCGAUCGGAAGUAUAACAUCGACACCCACAGCCGCGAGUACAAGAACGUGCAGCGUAACCUCACGCGGCAGAAAGAAGCCUACGACAAGGUCAAGGAGGAGCAGCUGAUGCAAAAGUUGAACUUCGAGAAGGUCUUGGCACGGUUGGAGCAGGAGAAGUCCGCGUGGUUUCUGAAGCACUGCCCAGAAGCCACCCAGACCAUGGUAGCCGAGAUGAUCCUUCCCCGAGCUCUGACUUCCUACGCAGACGCUCUCUUCUGCUGCAAGUUCGCACGGCUUCUGAUUCGGAUGAAGACGCCGGGGUUUCUGGUGCUGGACUUUUACAACAGCUGGACCGUCAUGCUCACCAUGAACCUGCGAAGCUGCACCGAAGUGGAGGCCCAAAUUUGUGGCCACUUCCUCAACGAGAUGAUGUCCUACAUCUGCAGCUUGCGGAAGAGCGAGAAGACCUUCGAGGCCGAGAUGAAGGAGAACCCGUGCUUCCAUCGCCACCACUACGAAAACACCACCGACAGCCCCGAGUUUGCCAAGCACACCGACAUUGUGCGAGGGCACAACAAGUGGGAGGGCAAGAUCCUGAAAGCCUUGCGGCAGAACCUCGAGUCGGACGAGUGGACGGACAAGCGCAACGCCCUUCUCCUCCUCAGCAAGUCUUGCGAGACCUAUCCGAUCGUGGAGAAGUACGCCAGAACGGUGCUGCAGUGUGUCGAGAACGUUCGGGAAAAGGAGAAAGCCAGCGAUCUGAAGACGUUGGCAGCCUCGCUUGCCACCAAGCUCAAAGCUCAGAGCAAGAACUGGAUCAAAACCGAGAGCAAGGAGGCCCCCAAGGGCGCUGCGAAAGCCAAAGAGGCGCCCAAGGCCAAGGCCGCCAAAGAAGCGCCGAAAGAGACGGCCGCCAAGGAUGGAGAAGCCAAGAAGGAGGUGGCAAAGAAAGAGACACCCAAAGCCAAGGAGGCGACAAAGGAAAGCGCGCCGUCUGCCCCGAAAGCAAAAAAGGAGUCCAGGGAUGCAAAAGAAGCAAAGCCCAAGGAGGAGCGCGAUCACAAGCGACGGCCAGGUGCAGUCGUGGAGGAGCGCCCAGAAAAGCGCGCGCGCCGGGAGGAAGAUGCUGCGAAGCGGAGGGAUGACGACGUGGUCGUGAUCUCCUCGCCAGCACACCGGCCCAUCAGCCGGAACUCAAGCAGCAGUGCGCGGAACUCCUUGUCCGUGCAAGCUGCCGGGGGCGAUCGCGAAGGGCGAAGCGUGGUGAGCAGCGGAUAUGAAUCUCACUCCCGACGUCCUGGGGCACAGCAUGGCCCGGCCAGGCCUGGACGCGGUGGGAGGACCUGGGUGGGCCGGUGGGGCCGGGGCGGGUCAGGGGGCUCAGGUCGUUUCGGGGCCACUUUCCAGUUCGGCCGCUGCGACAUGGGUGCCCAAGUGUUGUCAGUGAUUGAGGUGGAUUCGGGCCAUCCCAAUGCCGGAGCCGAUGGCCACAACCUGAAGGGUUCUGAUCUUUGCGCUGCCUGGGAGGAAGUCCAGGGGCUGGUUGCGAAGGGCUGGCUACGCAGAGUACCCGAGGAAGACUUGGCGGAUACUGAGGAGAGGAUGAAGUAUCAGGGCCUUUGGGCCCACUUUUGGUGCCCCGGCGGCUUCUCCGAGUUGCUCCAGCACUACCUGGGCACGUCCUCAGCGCAGCUGCGCCUGGGCCGCGUGGAUCGGGUGACGACUCUGGAGGCGGCGGUGGAGUUGUGUGGCACCGAGAGAGCCAGCGGGCAACCGAUGAGAGACGAGGCGGACCUGGUGAUCCUAGCCGUGCCAGCGCCGGAGGUGUUGUCUCUGGUGUCUUUGCCCGAAGGGGUCGUGGAAGCCUUGAGCCAGAUUCGCUACGACAGCCGAGUGGCGGUUGCCCUGGUGUUGGAUCAUGCUGUCUAUCCGGCUGUCCGGGAGGCCUUCGCUGGAGCCGCCGAAGUGGCGCUGGACAUCGACAACAACAGUGGGGUCCACCUGGUGUCCUGGCAGAACAUGAAGCAUGGCAAGCAUGGCGAGGUCGCCCAUGGAGAUCCCAUGCAACUCGUGGUGCACUCCACGUGUGGGGCGACGUGGCAGGGUCCAGGCGAAGCUCUGCAGGCGGUGAGCGAACUCUGCGGGCUGCCUUUAAAGGAGCUGGAGGGCCUUGUGUUGGGAUCCAAAGUGAUUGAUUGGAAAGUCUGUCAGAUGGUACAGCCAUUGGAAAGUAUCCCGACAAAGCUGCGGGUAUCCGAACCAUGUUUCCAGCACGGUCGCGUUGUGGUGGCCGGAGAUUUCUGGUGCCAAAGUAGCUUUCUGGGCUGCUAUUGCUCUGCCACAGCCGCUGUGCGCCGAGCGGUUGCCCUACUGAAGGAAGAUGAACAGGCGAUUUUCAAAACGCGUCAGAUAGCCUCCUGA